GAAGAUUAAUGAGUGCAAGAUCAAUACUUACGGACAAUAUCGUCUAUAUCAUUAACGUUAUGGGUUUUGAAAAAUUAAAAUAGAAAUGUAAAAACCCAAGCGUUACCAUAAUUAGAUUUAUGACAUUCUUUUGGAUAUGUUCUAACGUCUUUUCAAAAUGUCAGACAAGUACUACCGGCUAGUAACCUUCAUAAUAAACAUAUGCCCAAAGCCUUUACGUGAACUAUUUGUCACUAAGGCAAAGGCUGACUAUACUGAACGAAACCUUCGUUACACAGACUUGGAAGAGUACCUUAAGUCCCGAAAACCGGAUAUUGAUAAAUUACUUCGACGUUCUAAGAUCAGUUUAGACCAGUUUUACUAUAUCUUACCAUCAACUGGGAGCGUGAAUAUCCAAAUAUGGGACGUUACUUUACUCACAACACUAUUGCGAGGCUUAUUUGGAAACAAGUUAGAACAAGAUGAAAGAAACUGUCUCGAUGACAUCACAAAUAUCAGGAAUAACCUGCAACAUAUUGCAAAUACCGAAUGCAUUGUUGAUGAAGAUUUUAACUCUUCAUGGAGUGCCCUUAAGGAUGCUGUACUUACCUUGUUAAAGUUUGCAGGUUCACCUCAGCAAAGCUCUAUUGAAGAGGAAAUAAAUUCAGCAUUAACUGAAAACAUGCCGAAUCUUGGGGAUGUUCUACGUACUUGGCACAAAGUCUUGUAUGUGCAGCUUCAACUGCAAAACUCGGAGCUUGAAAAAAAGCUUUGGGCAUUCAGGGCCGCGAAAUACAGACACUGAAGGGAGAAUCUAAAACAUCAAGUAAAAUCCUGUCAAAAGCAUCUGUAAAACGAAAAGGACGCACGGGUGUUGCAGAAAAAAGGAUGAGAAUCGUAGACAACAAGGUUGAAAGGAUGAGAGCAAAAAUUAAACGAUCAUUAGAAAAGCAAAAUGAUUGUAUCGAGUCUUUCAAAGACGACAUUUCAUUGAUAACCCAACAGCUUACAGACAACCACCGCGUUAUCGUUACUGGUCAUGACAACACGCUGACUUACAAAUGCGCACUUGCGGUAAUACAAGAUAGAAAAUAUCAACGUCCUGACCAAUGUUUAGAGAUCAACAACACAUCCAACUGGAAACGGAUCUGUUCCGAGGAUGCACAGUUUGUACUAUUUCGUGAACCGUUUGGUAGGACAACCUAUGAUUCAAACAAGGUUGAAGUAAUGCUUGAAGAGUUUGACAGUAUGAUAGAUGCAACAACUGACGAUAAUGAUGAUGUUAUCGAUAUUGUCAUAGUAACCAACCAGAGACUUCUCAAUAAAGUUACAAGACAUCAUGACCAUGAUAUGUUAUCUACAUCAUCAAUGGUUUAUAUAGAUUCCUCAGUAGACGAUAAUCCAGAAGACACAUGUGUCACCGAGGAUACCGUCUAUAGAAAUCUUUUGGAGUAUUCAAAAGUUUAUCGUCAGAGCUAUACAGGUAAGACGAUUAACAAAGAAGUCAAAGACCAGGCUAAAAGGAUGUUUAUAGAGUACAGUGCAGUUGCCAUUGUCGGAUCUGCCGGAAGUGGGAAGACAUGCUUGUCAUUUCAGCUGCUGCCAGCAUACGGUCUCAGCAACGGAGAAGAAAACUUACUUGUCAUAAUUGAUCCGGGAGAACUGAAGUAUGUCAA